ACAUCGCUGACCGUUUGGGCAGGGCCCUGUCAGUCUUCCUCCAGUAAUUCUCUAGCAUCUUCUAUUAAGUUUUUAAGAGAUGUUCCGGUAAACAUUCAAUUCUUUCGACUCUCCGGCGACGAUGUGGUGGAUUUUCCUGCUGUUCCUGAUUUCCCUGUCUUUCGCUCAGUACGAAUGGCAGACGAGGGACGCUUUCGACGAAGUGGUCCGUUCGUUCAGGGCGGUAAACAAAGAUAACUGUGAGGUGCAACAUGCAGGAGAUCUUUACCUUCCUGCCGAUUCGGUCUCCCAUCUUCCCGACGUUAAAGACGUCAACAUCAACCCGGUGUUUCCAAACAGGACUCAGCUGUUGCAUGUGCACAAUGUGGCGCUGAGCAGGGCAUUUUUCUGGUCUUAUAUUCUGCAGAGUCGAUUUAUUAGACCCGCGAUUAACGAUACAUACGAUCCGGGAAUGAUGUACUAUUUGUUGUCGACGGUGGCGGACGUAUCCACGGAUAAACAUGUCAACGCUAGUGCUAUUUAUUUCGCUCCGAACAUGUCCUAUUCGAGCUCGUACAGGGGGUUCUUCAACAAAACCUUUCCGAGAUUCGCGCCUAGGACAUUCAGAGCCGACGAUUUCAACGAUCCAGUCCAUUUGGAGCGGAUAUCAACCUUAAACACUUUUACCGUCGAAGACUUAGGUGCAAUCAGACCAGACACUAGUGCUGAUUACACCUCAGAUUACUACCGAAUCAACGAGUGGUACAAGAAAUGGCUGCCAGAUCAAGUGAAUACCAGGCACGACACCAAAACAACAUACCAGGUGGAAAUAAGAUACGCCAACAAUACGAAUGAAACAUUCACAUUCCAUGGUCCUCCGGGAUCUGACGAAGUUCCAGGCCCCGUUCAGUGGACUAGGCCGUACUUCGAUUGCGGCAGAUCCAACAGGUGGCUAGUGGCCGCAGUAGUACCAAUUGCAGAUAUCUACCCCAGACACACCGGAUUCAGACACGUUGAGUACCCGACUUAUACUGCCGCAUCCGUGGUAGAAAUGGAUUUUGAACGCAUUGAUAUCAACCAAUGUCCACAUGCCCUGGGAAAUAGCGGACCCAAUAGGUUUGCAGACACGGCAAGAUGUAAAAAAGAAACUACAGAGUGUGAGCCUAUUCAUGGAUGGGGUUUUAGGAGGGGAGGAUACCAAUGUCGGUGUAGGCCCGGCUUUAGGCUGCCGUUCCAAGUCCGAAGACCUUAUUUGGGUGAAAUUGUCGAAAGAGCUACAGAAGAACAGUAUUACAACGGAUUCGACUGCAAAAAAAUUGGAUGGAUUCAAAAACUGCCCGUCCAAUGGGAAAGAGCUCCGUGGCACGUUAGAGCUGUCACCAUGGACCAACAUCCAGAGUACACCAGACCGGUUCAAGGUCCCGAAUCCUUGAACCAACCCAGGAUUAACGUUCACGAAGCUCUCAACUUUAUCCUGACAAUGAACAAGGAGAAAUGCAAGAGGUAUAAGCCCGAACAUCUCGUAUUGCAAGGAGGUGUUAUGGCAGGAGCGGAAGAAUUCUUCCAAAACGAGGCCAAAAUGGCUUUACGUCUCGCCAACUUCAUCAGUGCCUUCCUCCAAGUCUCCGAUCCUCAAGAAGUCUACUCCGGAAAGCGAGUAGCCGACAAACCACUCACAGAAGAUCAAAUGAUCGGUGAAACCCUAGCCAUAGUCCUGGGCAACAGCCGCAUUUGGUCAGCGGGAACUUACUGGGAAAGGAACAAGUUUACCAACCGCACAUUAUUCGCACCCUACGCCUACAAAAAGACUCUGAACACCAGGAAGUACAACGUGGAAGACCUGGCACGAUUAGACAAGCCCGAAGAAGUCUACCUUAACAAGGAAUGGUUCAGCUUUCUCAAGGGUCGGUUUGCUUCGAAUUUCGAUAGUUUGGAGAAGUUCUGGUUGAAGAUCAAGGUUAGAUUCAACGAGACCGGGGAGACGACCAUAAAAUACGAACAUUUUCCGAACUUUUAUCACGGAGCUAACUUGGAUCACGGAUACUGGACUUCACCGUACUACGACUGCGCUGGAAAAGUACCUAUGUGGAAGAUAAAGUACGCCGCACCGUUCUUUGGAUGGGACAGUCUCAAAGCUAAGUUGGAAUUCAAAGGUGUAGUGGCAGUUACCAUGGACUUACUGAAGCUGGAUAUAAACCAAUGCCCUGACAAAUUCUACGUACCCAACGCUUUUAAGGACACACACAAGUGCGACCAAAAAACAUCCUAUUGUGUUCCCAUUUUGGGCAGAGGCUUUGAAACUGGUGGCUACAAAUGCGAGUGCAAACAGGGAUUCGAGUACCCCUUUGAAGAUCCCAUCACCUAUUAUGAUGGCCAGCUGGUAGAGGCAGAAUUCAGCAACCUGAUCGACGAUAACGAAACCAGAUUUGACAUGUUCAGGUGUAGAUUGGCUGGUAGCACGGGCCUCCAGCCAAAUACCUUGAUACUGUCAAUACUAGCACUGAUUCUGGUCGCCCCAUUCUUGAGGUAGACACAGGCAACAAUGUUCGAGUGCCUUAAAGUUCAACUGAAUCUUCUUUUUAUACAUUAAAACGUGAUUUUAGCGGUUUUUCUUCAUAAAGAGACAAUCAUCUAGAUAAGAAAGCCGCGUAAUUUUACCAAAACCGUCCAAAAGAGAACUCUCUCCGAUAUUUUUUUAUAUAUUUUAUACUUACAUUUAGUUUAAAACUUGUAGAAUACAUACCUAAGAGCUUUAUAACAUACUGGCCUUGUCAUCCUAAAAGAAGUGUCUAGCCCUAGCAGUCAACUAUUAAGUUUGACCAAUCAGGUUGGUUAGCGUGGUUAUUUGGAGGGUGUUAAUUCAUUUGUGUUUGUCAAAAACACUAACGUGAUUGGUCGGGCUUAAUAGUUGCCUGCUAGGGCUAGACACAAGUAUUCUAAAUCGACGGUCUGUAAUUUAAUAAGACAAAGAUAGAGGAGUUAACAUCCGUUGUACCCAGUUUAACAGAUACAAUGAAAUGCAGCGUUGCCGGUUCCUACGUGCGGUUGUGGCAUUUAAAGAUUCUUGAGGUAGAAGUAGUUAAUAUCCAGACUUUAGAAAAAUAAAUUAUGAAUUUAUUUCAGACAGUUUUAAAUAUAUUCAUAGAAAAUCUGGCAAUAUGUGUCAAAGCCCAUUCUUUAUCUCUUUUCAACAUGUCUGAAUUUCCAUUAGGAUAUCUCCAUCUUUAUCUUACACAUUAAAAUUCAAACCACCCAUUUAGGAUGACCAGGUUUGCAUACAAUGCAAUAAAAUAUCUUGUAAAACAAAAUGUCACUAAAACAAAUUAUAUAGACAUUAUAAUAAAGAAAUUAGUUUUAUUAGAUUGAAAAGUAGUAAUCUCAAUGAAUACAAAAAAAAUCAUCCCUGACUCAGUCAAUUACAAAAGUUAGAUAGAUUUAAUUUUGCUGUAAUUUGCUUUAAAACGGUAGUUUUAAAAGUCUCUUGUUUUGAAAUUAAUAAUUGUUUUGUCUUGCACUGUAAAGGUUUCCAAAAACUGAUUAGAAUAUAUUCCGUUAGAUGAAAAUAUAAUUAAUUUCUGUAUUUAUGAAUCUCAUAGCUUCGUUUGUAGGCUAAUAAAACAUACCCAUACAGUUGUAAAAUAUAAUUUUUUGGGUACAAUUGAAAAAUAUUAUGUGUUCAAAAUAAUUAGUCUAGGUAUCAAAAUGUUUUAUACUCGUAUACUACCUACUAGCCUAUAAGUUGUCUACAAGUUAAUAUUAAAUAGUACAUAAGUUUAUAUUUUAUAAAAAAUAAGUUUGGAAUUUUAAAACAAAAUUGAGUAAUCUGUUUUAAAACAUAGUGAAUUUAUUUCCGUCCAGAUUUGUUUCUCAUUUUAUUAAAAGUUAAAAAUAUUGAAUAGUUUUCUAUCAAAGUUUUUAAAUGUUGUGUAUGUAAUGUACCUAUGUUAUAGA